GGUUGAUUUUAAUGGGAGGAUGCUUUGUUCUCAGAAUCACCAGAUAAUUUCUGAACUGUUGCUCUUGGUAGCUUUUCCGCAUAAAAAAACCCUCAAUUUUGCUGUGCUGCCCAUUCUCUCUCUCUCUCUCUCUCUCAGCGUGUGUGCACCUGAGAACCUGACCCAAGCUCUCGAAUCAUCUUGUGGAUUUUCAGAGCAUAAAACAUUUCUGACAUGGGAUCCGGGAGUGGUGAAAGCAUUCUCAGUGUGCUGCUCCGGAACUUCGAUGUUCUUGCCUUGCCUGUGGUCAGUCUUCUUUAUCCGCUGUAUGCCUCAAUUAGGGCAAUCGAGACUAAAUCUCCCCUGGACGAUCAGCAAUGGCUCACUUACUGGGUUCUGUAUUCUAUGAUUACCCUUUUCGAACUCACCUUUGCCAAAAUCAUUGAGUGGAUCCCAAUCUGGCCAUAUGUGAAGCUGAUACUGCUCUGCUGGUUGGUCAUACCAUACUUCAGUGGUGCUGCAUACGUCUAUGAGCAUUUUGUGAGACCUUUCUUUGUCAACCGACAGACGGUUAAUGUUUGGUAUAUUCCAAAGUUGAAGGAUGUAUUCAGGAAGCAAGAUGACAUUCUAACUGCUGCUGAGAAAUAUAUUGAAGAAAAUGGAACAGAAGCGUUCAAGACGCUUAUCAGCAAGGUUGGUACAACCUAUUUGCAUUUAAUUACUUUUAAAAUAACGUGUCCACACGGGUUUCUCAGGAAUUAUAAUAAUCUAGAAUUUUGUGAAAACUUAAAAAAAGAAAAAAAAAGAAAAUCUUUUGAUUAGGGGAGUGAAAUCUUGUCAUGCAUUAUAUAAAUUCAAUGGUUUAUCUAAUGGCCAUUUUCAUGUAUAUCUUGCUCUGCAGGCUGAAUCAGUUGAUAGGGAAGAGCAGUAUAGAAGGAGCAGCAAUUACAUGGUUUUUGAGGAUCAUAGAUAUUGAGCCUUGUUGAUCCCCACAUGUUUUUGCCAAUACCUAGUUGCUUGUGUUCAGGCUACACCUACGAGUUGUAGCUAGGGUUGUUGCUGUAGUUUAUACUUGGUUUCUGUAAGAUAUAGGGUCUGGUUGAUGGAUAGAAACUGCUAUAAUAUUAGCCUGUAAUUAUUGUGGUUUUCCAAUCUUUCCUUCUUUCUUUUUAUCCAUGCACAAAUAAGAACUGUAAGACUGUUAAUUGUUAAAAAUGUUUAAAUUGUGUUA